AUGAGUGUGGCCAGGCAACAGCUCCCUUCCCCCCUGCCCUCUGCCAUGGCCUCCCCUGCCCUGCUGCUCCCACCCCUCCUGCUGCUGCUGCUGCUGCUGCUCAUCUCUGCUGCCUCAGAGGUAGUAGCAGUGCCGGGGACAGAGGUGCGCCUGCCCUGCUCCACCAACGACACGGCUGACAAGAUCUCCUGGAAAUUCAACAGUCACUUCCUGCACGCCCCCAGCAGCGGCACAGAGUACGCUGUGCCUGAGGGGUUCCAGGUGGUGGCGGUACAGGGCGGCAGUGAGCUGGUGGUGCGUUUGUCUGAGAGUGAGGCACAGUAUGCUGACCAAACUGGGCUGUACCAGUGUGUGGCGUGGUUUGGCCCCAUCGCCCUCACCUCCCUCCCUGGCAACCUGCAGGCGGCAGUGCUGCGGGCACCCGAGGGGGAGGCACAGCAGGAGGAGGUGCAGGUGGUGGAGGGCGGGGCAGUGAGGGUAGAAUGUGAGGUGCCUUACUCCAUCCCUGAAGCUGUGCUCACCUUCUACAGGGACGGCACCUUGCUUGACCUCACGGACAAAGCAUACCAGCAGACACCACAUGGGGACCUGCUGGUGAUGGAUGUCGGGAUGUGGGCAGAGGGCGUGUACACUUGCCACGCCCACAACGAAGCACUGGGGAGGGGUGUGACUCUGCCCACAGCCACUAGAGUCAAGGUGCUCCCCAGGGCCCCAGCACUCCCAGUGGCUCCCCCUGUGUUUUGCGGUGGUCACGAUACGGCACCGCGCUUCCCUCAGGGGCGUCCCAAGGGUCUGACGGGUCCUCUGCAGCUUUCCAGUGUGGCUGUAGAGGAUGCAGGGGCGUACUUGUGUCAUGCCACCAAUGAUGUGGGGAAGGAGAAGAUUCUGCAUGUGUCUGUGGAGGUUGUGGAGCCGCCCAGCAUCACGAGGGCACCACAGUCACAGCGCGUGGAGGAGGGGGAGGCGCUGACCCUUCACUGCCGUGCCCGGGGUCACCCACAGCCCAGGGUGAUGUGGGUGUUCAACGGCGAGGUGGUGCUUGACUACGGCAACAUUGCUAUCACAAAUGAAGGCUUGGUGAUCCGAGCCGUGCAGAAGGAGCAUGCAGGAAUCUUCCAGUGCUUCGCCCACAACCCUGAGGGGGCGGUGCAGGGCGUGGCCAUGGUGAGUGUGGUGCCACGGACUGUCACAGCCGUGCCAGGAGCCACGCACACCAGGCCAGAUCACAUACCAGAUGCUGUGGGUCCCCGGAGGAAAAACGUGCAGGAUGGCGACAGCAGUGGUGGGUCAGGAGGGAGAGGAGUAAGGAAAGGAAGGAAGGGGUCGAAGAGAAAGAAGACAGAGAGAGAGGGAGACCUGUCACUGCAUGGAGGUGGCAAGAUGAGAAAAGGAGGCAAGGGAAACAGGAAGAAAGGACGCAUGGUGCCCCCAUCCGUGCCCCACAUCACCAAGGUGUCCGAUGAGUCGGUGAUGGUGUCCUGGGAGGGGCCCCCUGAGUCACAGAGUCUGCCAAUACUCUUCUAUAAGAUUCAGUACAAGUUGGUGAGGAAUCGAGAGCACCAGGGAAGCCACUGGAUGACGGCUGAUGAAAACAUUCCGCCUCACAUCACCACCUACGAAGUGACGGGACUGCAGACGGGACGAGUGUACAGGUUCCGCAUCGCCGCCGUUUACACCAACAAUGACAACCUCCUUGGGCCGACCUCCCGCCGAUUCCUGCUGGAGGAGGACUCAAACACCCAGCGGCCAGAGGAGCCCCCUACCAUCAUCUCGCUGCAGCAGGAGACCCCCACAUUGGUCAGGGUGAGGUGGAGCUACAACCCCACGCCAGGAAUACCUGUGGAGGGAUUCUUCAUCCACUACCGGGAGUCUACGGUGGCAGGGAGCUACACUAAGGUGACAGUGCUGGAUCCAGACAAGAGGGAACAUGUUGUGUCACACCUCAAGGCAAACACUUCCUAUGACUUCAAGAUGCAGUGCUUCAAUAUGGCUGGCCGCUCUAACUUCUCCAAGGCACUGAGGAAUAUUGCUCCUGGUCACUCAGCAAGCACCACCCAGAAGCCACAGGAAGGGGAGGUGGAGGCACGGGAGCAGGUGCCAGUGGUGCGGGAGGGAGAGCCAAGCAGCCUGUCCAGCACCCACCUGUACAUCAUCCUGGGGGCAGCACUGGGCCUCCUGCUCCUCAUUGUGGUGGUGUCAGCUUCUGUCUAUACCUGCCGCAACAAGCACUCUGAUGAUGAUACCCGGUCAGUCAAGUAUGAGGACACUUCCCUUCACAUCCACCGAGAGACCUCCACCUACUCCCUACCUCAGACACCUCGGGGGAAGGGACCCAACGGCUACCUGCCUCACCAGGGCAUCACCAUCACUGCAGCAGAUGAUGAAAAGGCAGUGAUGGAGACCUCUGUCACUGAGAACAACAACCACAGCACCAGGCAAGUCAGCCGCUGCUUCACCUCCCCGGCGCGUCGCAUCGCCUCCGAGGACGGCUGUGUUGACAUGGGGGUGAAGACUCUCGCCAUCACCAAGGCAACCUAUGACACUGGCCCUCCGCCAUCACCACCUCUCAGUACUGUGGAGUCCUCAGGGAAGGAGUAUGCUUACCAGUCCUGAGGUGGGCCAGUUGUAUUAGCCAAGUAGUGUGUUGUGUAGUAGUGGUGGUCAAGGAUGAGAGACGGUAUAAGGGAUCCUCGAGUUUUGACAUUUCUGUUUCUAUGCCACGUCGGAAACCAGUUUUCAGUGUAGGUUGGAACCAGCCUAAGUAAGCACCUACAAGUAUGUCACUCACUUUUGCUAAUGUUGUAGUACUGUAAAGUUGUAAUCUAGGACAUAAAAAUAUAAUACUGUACCUGUAAAGAAAACACAUGCAGGACAUACAGUAAAUAAUAAGAUAAGGAAAUGAAUCAGUAAUAAAACAAAAAUCAGCAAAGGGGAAUGUACAGGGACAAGCACUGCCAGCGUUGUAACCAUGAAACGGUAGAAGUCAAGACUGUCAUAAACCGAGGACUCCCUGUACUGUUUUUCAUCCCUGGUGGUGGUAGUGGUGGUGGUGGAGGUCCUCUUUUGUACCUGUGGAUAUGAUGUGGAUGCUGAACUCCUUAAGAGGGUUUUUUGUAGUGGGGAUUGCAUACUCUGAGGGAAGCUGAGAGGUGUUGCAUCCUCACUCUAAGUAUUGCUAUAAGAAUCAAACAACGUGGUAAUGAAGUAUACAUUUCCAGCCUUAUAAACUUUUGUGAUGUGCUUGUGUGACUGUGCAAUGAAGAAUAUACAUGCGUACGUUUAUCAUGAAGAAUCCCUCCUCAUUUCAACUCAGGAUUCCAGUGACGAAAAAGUGACCAGAAUAUUGUGUGAUGCGUGAUGUCAUUAAAAAACAUAUGACUCUGGAGUGAUACAAGCGUGGUGACUUGUGUUAAGGUGCACACAGCAAGGCAGCAGCAGCACAGCAUAUCACAGCAGGGAAAGGGAAUAGUGUGAACUUAAGUGCAGUUAUCUGAAUACCUGACCGGUGUACCAAUGUGAUAUUAUGAUUAAGGUUUUUGUACAAAGAUGGUGUGUGUGCCUCAUUGUAUCUGUAAACUGUGAGGAAGGAAGAAGAGAGAGAAAAUGUGUGUCUGUGUGUGUGUGUGUGUGUGUGUGUGUGUGUGUGUGUGUGUGUGUGUGUGUGUGUGUGUGUGUGUGUGUGUGUGUCCUCUCAUGCCUAUAAACUAUAAUGGAAGGAAGAAAGGAGGAGCUAUGUGAGUGUAUGUUUUUGUACGUGCUUUUCUGUACCAGUGUCUGACCUCAAGAUUCACUCAAGGAAAAGAGAACAGAGUGGUCAUGAGGGAGUCUUGUUGUCCUAUUGUAGUAAUAUUAGUCCUUUGUAAUCCUGUGACAUAAAUGAACAAGAAGUA